AUGGCUACCACGGCGCAGUACUUACCGCGCGGCGCAUCGCUACUGCCGAUGCCCGCGCCGGAGGCAGAGCGGCUCCACCAGGGGCCGACCUAUCGCGAGGUCCAGAAGAUGAUGCACCACGAGUACCUUCAGGGGCUGGCGGCCACCCCGGGCCACCCCAUGGGGACGCUCCCGCACCACCAGUGGCUGCCGGGCGCCACGGGGGACUGGGGAGGCGGUGGCACCCACCUGGAGCACGCCAAAGCCGGCAGCGGGCCGCGGGGAGACCUCGACAGCGGCGGCUUCCACUCCCGCUCUCACCUGGUGCACCAGCAGCCGACGGGAGGCGGCGGGGGCCACUGGGGCCAGGCCGGCCCGACGCAUCAUCUGGGCGGCUGUCCCGCCGCCAUGUCCCCGACAGCCGGCGGCCCGCAGCCGCUGCUCUACUCGCAGGCGGCGUACCCGGGUCUCAACGGGAUGCUGGGCCCGCAGGCACCCUCCCUCCACCUGCCGCACGGCCACGACGAGGUGGCCGAGGCCCACCUGGAGGGCUCCCCGACGCCCCUGGGCCACGCGGGGCCCGAACCACCCUCUGACGAGGACGCGCCCAGCUCUGACGACCUGGAGCAGUUCGCCAAGCAGUUCAAGCAGCGCCGGAUCAAGCUGGGCUUCACGCAGGCAGACGUGGGGCUGGCGCUGGGCACCCUGUACGGCAACGUCUUCUCUCAGACCACCAUCUGCCGCUUCGAGGCGCUGCAGCUGAGCUUCAAGAACAUGUGCAAGCUGAAGCCGCUGCUCAACAAGUGGCUGGAGGAAACCGACGCCGGCAGCGGCAGCCCCGCCAGCCUGGACAAGAUCGCGGCGCAGGGCCGCAAGCGCAAGAAACGCACCUCCAUCGAGGUGGGAGUGAAGGGCGCGCUGGAGAGCCACUUCCUCAAGUGCCCCAAGCCGGCGGCCCACGAAAUCGCUUCGCUGGCGGACUCGCUGCAGCUGGAGAAGGAGGUGGUGCGCGUUUGGUUCUGUAACCGGCGGCAGAAGGAGAAGCGCAUGACACCGGCCGGGGGCCCGCACCCGCCCGCCAUGGAGGACGCUUACUCGCAGGGCGAGGCCUCCCCGCCGCUGCACCACACGCUCCGGAGCCCGGUGCAAUGA